GGACCAGGAAAGGAGAGCGGACGAGGCCGUUCGUGUGUCCAAUGCGGAUGCGGUUCGGUGUGCGGAACUACGCGGAUAUUGCGCCUGGGGAACGCGUGAACCCGCGCCGAUAAUUUCAUUCUCGUGCAGUGGUGAAGGGGACAGACAGCAAGAGAACGGUGAAGGGAUUUUCCAUCGAUGUCGGCGUGCCGACGGUCAGUCAGUCGGUUGGGAUCAGGCGGUCGGUCGGUCGGUCAGUCAGUCAGUCAGUCAGUCAGUCAGCCAGCCAGCCAGCGAGCCAGCCAAUCUCCGUUUCUUCUCCGUUUGUGACGAUCGCGUGUUGUUGUUAUUGUUUAUCUUUCCCUUUUUUCGGUUUGUUUCCCGUUCCGUUAUGCCUAACCGGUCGUUGUGAUGGGAGAGAGAUAGAGAGAGAGAGAGAGAGAGAAGGAAAGCGCGAACAAGAACUAUUAAAGCAGAACAGGGGCCCCUGGAAUGGAAUGACGCGCUGGAUCGUACACUAGUGUAACCCGAGACAGCCCGGAGUGCAGAUAAGUGUUUGCCACGCCACAGAGAGAGUGAGAGAUAACCAUCAGCAGGCCGAAGUGAAAUAGACAAGAUUCAAUUAAUAGGUCCGACGAGAACGAAAACGAAACUGAACAUUGCGCGAGCAUCCCAGGUAUCCAGGUUGCCCAUUGUUCCGUCAACGAACCCGCGCGAUAUGUUACAGCAACGGUGGAUCUAGUGCAAAAAACCCGUCGAACGUCAAGUGAAGCCUUUUCGCAGGACAGGCCAGACUGUACAGACAGACCGACAGACGGACAGGUUGUGACGGUUUACACAGCAACGACGCCACAACGCAAAACGGUCCCUGAAGCGCGCUUUCCGUCAGGCCCGGCUAAACGAUAUGCGCUGCGAGGGAAACGAUGGCUAUCACCGAUCGGCGGCAGCAGCAGCAGCAGCAUCAUUGCAUCCAUCGGGCUGAGCAGUGCUCGGGCAGUUCGCGUCCGUCCGGGAACGAGCGACAGCAGUCGACGGGUGUCAGUGCUUCGACGACGACGACAUCGACGAGGCAGCAGUAGCAGCAACAGCCCUGCUGUCAGUCAGUCAGUCAGCCAGUCCGUGAUCGGUGUGAUAGUGUGCAGGUCCUGCAGGCCAGUGUUUUCGGUGAGUGGUAAUUAGUGAGCGAGCCUGUGAGACACUGCCAACGGUGCGCGAGAGUUCGAGAAGAGUGAGCCCCUGUGCAAGUGAGUGAGCAAAGCAAAGUGAGCGAGCCCGAGUGAGAACGGUUACACAUACUGGAGGAAAACCCCGGGAAAUGGUGGCUGGCGACCACUGGCCGGAACGGAAAGCAAUCGUCGUUCUUCCUAAGCAGCAGUGUGUGACACGAGUGUGACGAGGUGCAGGCAAUAAUACUAGCGAGUGAGUGGUGUGAGAGCGCAGAACGGGGAAUAAAGGCUCCACAAUGGUGUCAGUGCUUUGGCCGCUGCCAGGGCAACACAACGUUACGCGGUGCCGAGUGAGCGUGCGGCACUACGGGCGCGUGCAGUAAAUAGUGCCACCCAGGGGGACCACCGAAAAGGGUUAAGUGAAAGCUCGCCGAAUGGUGCCGAAAAAGAAACAGCAGCAGCAGAAGCAGCAGCACCAGUGGGCCCAGUGCACUAAUGAGGACGACGAUUCCCGCGAGGACGGUUCGAACCGUUUUACUACUGCAACGACGCUCGGCUACGGUGCAAAAGCAUGGGGUGACGCUUCGCUCUAACCGUAUCGAACUAUUGUUAUUAUUGGUGCGUUGAUGUCGUUACGGACAUUUUGUUCUGUUUUCUCUAUACGUUUUCGUGCGGUGCGGUGUUUGGGCAGAGAGCAGCGUAGUGGUGACACACGCACGCAGUGUGUGUGAGUGUGUGUGUGUGCACGUGUGUGUAGGCUUCGGUGUGUUGUGCUUUUCGGUGUGUAGUGUGUCGUACCCGGCAGAGGAAGGAUGUGCUGUGUCGUCAGCGUACAGUAGCAGUAGCUCCGUGGUGCUGAUUUCUCCUCUCGUCCACAGUGGUGGAGAGUGUUGUGCUUCUCAGCACACACACACACAAUCCCAGCAAGCAUAUCGACAGAGCAACACAACGGUCAGUGGUAUCGGCAGCCCUGUGCGUAACGCUGCACGUAACGCUAGCUCGUAACGCUGCGGAUCUAGUACAAUUGGUACGACUUAGUAGUGUGUGGUAGAUGGUUCGCGUGCAGAAAUAGCAACCGUUUGUUUAUUUCUAUAGCAAUAUUACAACGCAUCCAUUGGCCAAUGAUUGGCCGCACUGUAACGGGCAAGUGCUGCGGGUGUAUUGGUGUCGAGCAAUCGAGCAAUCGGACGGACGACGAGCACGUCGAGUGUAUAUUGCCAUAGUGAUCUUCGACCUGCUCGAUAAGCGAAUGCCAUCACUCCAGAUCGCCACCAGGCCACCAGGGCUUAAUUAACGUGUACUAAAAAUAUACCCUCACACACAACUACCCAUACAUACAUACAUACAAAAACAGC